CUACACUUUGCUUCUCCACACGCUUUUUACACGGUCCUCAAACCAGCAUGGUCGCCUUCACCACCCUCAUCGCCGUUCUCGCCUCGACCGCGGCCUAUGCUGCGCCCCUCGAGCCGCGCCGCAAUGCGCCUACCCGCAUCCAAGCCCGCGUGUCCAACACACGAGUCGGCAACCUCUGCAUUGCCCCGGGUCCGGGCACGGACGCGACUGUGAUCCUGAAGAGCUGCUCAGACCAGUCAGCGGCGGUGACACACAAGGACAACAAGCUUGUGUUCAGCAGCGGCGUCGCCGAGGUUGCGCAGGGCUCGCACACCGUCCCGUGGGUCAAGGUGCGGCCGGCAAGCGACAGCAUGCACCAGACGUUUACAAGCAUCUCGGUCGAGAACGGAAACUACAUUCGCUUCAAGACCGCCGAUGGACACUGCCUUACUGUUGGCGAGCCUGUGCUACCGGGGCCCGCGCGCGUGCGUGUCUCGCGCUGCGAGGAGCGCGACGUCAACCAGGACUUCCGCUUGGCUUAGAGAUAGAUAUGGACUAUGUUGUAUACCCAUGCCAUGACAUUGAUGGAACGCUGAGG